UUACUAACAUUUAUGCGAACAUUCCAGUGACAGAAUUUUGCAUUGCUGAAGAACUAGCUGAGAGAUAGAACAGUGGCAGACAGAGUGCAAACCCUGACCAUGUCAGCCAAUUCCAUCACCAUAUUUCUCUUGUUCCUCAACAUCUCUCUCUUCCCAUCUAUCUCCGCUCUGAACCAAGAAGGCCUCUCUCUCCUCUCAUGGCUUUCAACCUUCAACUCCUCUCACUCUUCAACUUCUUUCACGUCAUGGAACCCAGCCCACCAAAACCCAUGUCAAUGGGACUACAUCCACUGCAACUCCAAUGGGUUUGUUUCAGAAAUCACUAUCACCUCCAUUAAUCUUGGCAAUGUUUUUCCCACCCAAUUCCUCUCUCUCAAUUCCCUCACCACUCUAGUCCUUUCCAAUGGAAAUCUCACUGGAAAAAUCCCACCUUUAGUUGGAAACUUGUCUUCACUUACCACGUUGGACCUCAGUUUCAAUUCCCUAACAGGUAGAAUUCCACCGGAUAUCGGAAAAUUAUCCCAACUUCAGAUACUGUCACUGAGUUCUAAUUCCUUAGAGGGUGGAAUUGCAAUGGAAAUUGGAAACUGCUCAAUGCUUAAACAGCUUGAGCUGUUUGAUAACCAACUCUAUGGGGAAAUUCCAGCAGAAAUAGGAAACUUACGGGUUUUGGAAAUUUUUCGUGCCGGUGGAAAUAUUGGGAUUAAUGGAGAAAUUCCAAUGCAGAUAUCACUAUGUAAAGAGCUAGUUUUUCUGGGUUUGGCAGAUACUGGGAUUUCGGGGAAAAUUCCAUUUAGUAUAGGAGAGUUGAAAAAUCUCAAGACUCUUUCACUGUACACAGCAAAUCUCACUGGUGAGAUUCCACCUGAGAUUGGAAACUGUUCAGCCUUGGAGAAUCUGUUUGUGUAUGAGAAUCAGAUUUCUGGAGAGAUUCCAAGAGAAUUAAGUUUCUUGAGAAAUCUCAAAAGGGUGUUGCUGUGGCAAAACAAAAUCAGUGGAAACAUUCCAGAAUCUCUUGGAAACAGCACAGAAUUGAGAGUAAUUGAUUUCUCAUUGAAUUCUCUCUCAGGUGAGAUUCCACUGACUCUGGGAAAUUUAGGUGCAUUGGAGGAACUUCUUUUGUCUGGAAACAACAUUUCUGGGGAGAUUCCAUCAUUCAUUGGAAACUUUUCAAUGUUGAAGCAACUUGAAUUGGACAACAACAGAUUCACAGGGAAGAUUCCUUCCUCCAUAGGGGCAUUGAAAGAACUUUCUCUUUUCUUUGCUUGGGAAAAUCAGCUUGAGGGUAUCAUUCCAUCUGAGCUAUCCAACUGCUGGAAACUUCAAGCACUGGAUCUCUCACACAAUUCCCUUUCUGGGUCAGUUCCUUAUUCCCUUUUCAAUCUCAAGAACUUAACGAAAUUGCUCUUGUUAUCAAACAAACUCUCUGGAGGAGUCCCAGCUGCUAUUGGAAAUUGCACAAGCUUGACACGUCUUCGUUUGGGCUCAAACAUGUUGUCCGGUCAAAUUCCAUCGCAAAUCGGACUAUUACAAAGUUUGAGUUUUCUCGAAUUGUCUGAAAAUGAAUUCACCGGAGAAAUCCCACCAGAGUUCGGAAACUGCAGUCAGCUGGAAAUGGUGGAUUUGCAUGAUAAUAAGCUCCAAGGCAUUAUUCCAACCUCUUUUCAAUCACUUGUUGAGCUCAAUGUAUUAGACCUAUCCAAUAACAGAAUCUCAGGUGUGAUUCCUCAGGAUUUCGGAAAUCUCCAGUCUUUGAACAAACUUGUACUGAGUGAAAACUACAUUACUGGUUCGAUUCCACCAUCAAUCGGCCUCUGUAAAGAUUUACAAUUGUUGGAUAUGAGCAGAAACAGAAUCAGCGGUUCAAUCCCAGAUGAGAUUGGUGAACUGCAAGGCCUAGAUAUCUUGUUAAACUUGAGUUGGAAUUUUUUGGAUGGACCAAUCCCAGAUGGCUUUUCAAAGCUUUCGAAACUUUCGAACUUGGAUCUUUCUCACAAUGUGCUAACAGGUUCCCUAAGGGCACUGGAUAAUUUGGACAAUCUAGCUUCUCUGAACGUCUCGUAUAACAAUUUCUCCGGUUUUCUUCCUAGUACAAAGUUCUUCCAAGAACUCCCUCCAACUGUUUUCGUUGGUAAUCCUAACCUCUGCAUUAAUCCAAGCGAGUGCAGAGCUAGUCACAGGAGCAAAUCUACUAAAAGUCUUGCAACCUUGGUUGCACUAAGCAUAGCUGCAACUGUUAUAACUGUGACUAUUGGAGUGAUUUCGCUCAUUCGAGUUCAAGGCACUAAACUCGGCAGGAAUGAUGAAGAAGAGGGUCUUGAGUGGAAAAUCACCCCAUUCCAAAAGAUAAACUUCUCUAUAAACGACAUUGUGACAAAGCUUUCAGAUUCCAACAUCGUGGGAAAGGGUUGUUCCGGGGUAGUUUAUCGCGUUGAGACUCCUUCGCAACAGCUCAUUGCAGUGAAGAAGUUGUGGCCAGAUAAGGCAGGUGAGUUUACGGGGAGAGACUUUUUUUCUGCUGAAGUUUCAACACUUGGCUCGAUAAGGCACAAGAACAUAGUUAGGCUUUUGGGGUGUUGUCAAAAUGCAAAAACUAGAUUGUUGUUGUUUGACUAUAUCAAUAAUGGUAGUUUAGCUGGAAUUCUCCAUGAGAGGAAUACGUUCUUGGAUUGGGAUGCAAGGUAUAAGAUUAUACUGGGAGCUGCUCAGGGUUUGGCUUAUCUUCACCAUGAUUGCAUUCCCCCCAUCGUUCAUCGCGAUAUCAAGGCCAAUAACAUCUUAGUGGGAUCACAGUUUGAGGCUUUCCUCGCGGAUUUUGGACUCGCGAAGCUCGUUGAUACUUCUGAGUAUUCCAGAGCUUCCAACACAGUUGCAGGUUCUUAUGGGUACAUAGCUCCUGAAUACGGAUACAGCUUGAGGAUCACAGAAAAGAGCGAUGUCUACAGCUAUGGCAUUGUCCUCCUAGAAGUCCUAACCGGGAUGGAACCAAUGGAUCUUCGAAUACCCGACAGAGCCCACAUUGUCAGUUGGGUCAACCAAGAACUGCAUGACAAGCCCAGAGAAUUCACAUCAGUUCUUGAUCGGCAGCUACUUCGGUGGUCAGGUUCACAAAUCCAAGAGAUGCUUCAAGUGCUCGGGGUGGCUCUUCUCUGUGUCAACCCUACCCCGGAGGAAAGACCGUCAAUGAAGGAUGUCACAGCCAUGCUCAAAGAGAUUAAGCACGAAAACGAGGAGAGUGAAAAACAGAAUUGUAAAGCAGCAGUUCACUGCUCUAGUUUCUCCAGAUCUUCUGAACCCUUGAUCAGAUCACCUUCCUGUUUGCCUUAGUUAUGUCGAGUCUGUGUGUUUGAAUUAGUUGAUUUUAUUUUUUUAUUUUUUAUUUUUUUGGUAACGUAUUUAUUUAUUUAUUUUUGAAGUGCUUGAAUAUAUU